CUCCGCUCGGCCCUCUCUCCCUCCUUUCUUUCCCGUCAACCCUCCACCGCCGCCAUCUCCACAGCAUCCAUUAGAUGACCACGACGAGACGGAAAAACCAACGGUAGGGUAUUUAGGCAAUACUUUUUAUGAUGGGUGUCGACUACUAUAACAUACUCAAAGUGAACCGCCAGGCGACGGAGGAGGAUCUGAAGAAGUCGUACAAGAGGCUGGCCAUGAUAUGGCACCCCGACAAGAACCCUUCCAACAAGAGACCCGAAGCUGAGGCCAAAUUCAAGCUGAUUUCAGAGGCCUACGACGUCCUCUCCGACCCUCAGAAGCGCCAGAUCUACGAUCUCUACGGCGAGGAGGCGCUCAAAUCUGGACAAUUCCCACCCUCUACAUCGUCCCCGUCUAUGGCAUCCACGUCGUCUUCGUAUCCGCGCCAUGGGCAUUACAACCAGAGGCAGCCCAACCAGUCUUUUCGGUUCAAUCCGAGAGACGCGGAUGAUAUUUUUGAGGAGCUUUUUGGAUCGGAGGCCAAUGGAGGGGGUGGAGGCGCAAGUUCGAGGGUAAAUAGAGGGUUUAGUAGGGCGAACGGUAACUAUGGUGGUGCUGGUUAUGGAGAGAUGAGGAAGGCGACUCCUGUGGAAAAUGUGUUACCAUGCAGCUUGGAGGAGCUCUUCAAAGGUACCAAGAAGAAGAUGAGGAUUUGCCGGGAAAUUUGUGAUGCUUCUGGUAUCAUAAGGACUGUGGAGGAAAUAUUAAUAAUUGAAGUAAAACCUGGUUGGAAGAAGGGCACAAAGAUUACAUUCCCUGAGAAGGGUAACCAGGAGCCUGGUAUAAUUCCAGCAGAUCUUAUCUUUGUGAUAGAGGAGAAGCCACAUGCUCUAUAUAGGAGGGAUGGUAAUGAUUUGGUGGUCAACCAGGAGUUAACACUGCUGGAAGCCCUUACAGGUAAGACCCUUGACCUGACUACCUUGGAUGGAAGGAACCUCAUGAUCCCUCUAACCGAUGUUGUCAAACCUGGGGCCGAGGUGAUAGUUCCCAAUGAAGGAAUGCCAAUCUCAAAAGAGCCUGGAAGGAAAGGUAACUUGAGGAUCAAGAUUGAUGUCAAAUACCCCUCAAGGCUAACCUCAGAACAAAAAUCUGAUCUAAAGAGAGUCUUGGGUGGAGUUUCCUGGUAGAUUUACAUGCUUCAAAAAUAGUCAAUCUUAAAUUAACAUUGGUAGAUUUUGCAUGUAAAUAGUGUGAAUGCAAUUUUGAUGCAAAGACUUGGGUGUUUUAGGGUUUUCACAUGGAGGGAUUGAGUAAUGUCCAGUCAUUUUAUCUUCCUUUUUGGAUCUUAACUAGAAGGAAUAGGCUUUUGUUCUUCUCCCUAUUCGUUAGCCAUGCAGGGAACUCAGAGUUCUAUUAUUACUUUUUGUUUAUACAUCUAUUUUAUUUUUUUCCCUGAACUUUUGAGUUUUGCCAUGUCAGAUAGACAUGGUAUUAGUCCUUGGAUUUGCAAUCAUUGCAAAGUGAUUAUGUUACAAAUUUACUGUAAAUUGAAGUUGGAGUUGCUAGCUCUAUUAAUAUUCUGUC